CAAAAUAAUGUUCGUCAAUGUCGUCGCAUCGGUGCAAUAUCGUGUCUUGGCGGAGAAGGCAAAAGAUGCUUUAUACAAACUUAGCAACCCCAUGACUCAAAUUCAAGCCUAUGUUUUCGAUGUUAUCAGGGCCAGUGUUCCAAAGCUGGAUCUGGAUGAUGCUUUUGAGUAAAAGAAUGAUAUUGCUAAAGUUGUCGAAGAUGAGCUCGAAAAGGCUAUGUCAGUAUGUCUGCUUAUGGAUACGAAAUUGUCCAGACUCUCAUUGUUGAUAUAGAACCAGAUGAACAUGUGAAAAGAGCCAUGAACGAAAUCAAUGCCGCUGCUAGGAUGAGAGCUGCUGCUAGCGAGAAAGCAGAGGCGGAGAAGAUUAUACAAAUAAAGAGAGCAGAGGGAGAGGCCAAAUCGAAGUAUCUGUCGGGUGUCGGGAUCACAAGGCAACGACGGGCCAUUGUCGAUGGUCUAAGGGACAGUGUGCUUGGGUUUUCGGUCAAUGUUCCGGGGACAACGGCUAAGGAUGUUCUGGAUAUGGUCCUUGUUACUCAGUAUUUUGAUACCAGGAAAGAAAUUGGUGCUGCCUCUAAAUCAUCAUCAGUGUUUAUCCCUCACGGACCCGGUACUGUUUGAGACAUCGCCACCCAGAUUCGAGAUGGCCUGCUUCAGGCAUCUCAGCAUCAUGAAUAGAAGUGGUCGCCAGUUCGGACUCGUGAUCGUAUAAUUUCCGUAUUGCAAUAAAAUGAAUUGAAGGUGAAAAUGAUCUAGAAGUUUACAUUGUGCUAAAACCGGAUAUGGUUUAGUGUGUUUAAGUUAAGUCUAUGUUCAAUGGCUUAGAAAUAUGAAAUGUAAUUUGACAUAUGUAAAGUUAAUGAAAGUGAACUUCUCUU